AUGCCGGUACCAGUGUCAAAAAGAUUGGGUGUGCAAGAGCUUGCCGAUCUAAACGAACGCUUCGAGUCCGCAUGCGAUGGGUGCUUGCGUCACGCGGUCAAUGAGCGUUUCGGUGCGGGCGCGGCCCAGAUGUCCAGCUUCCGCCUCGAGGAUGUCGCGCUGUUCGACAUGUUCUGGCGAGUCAACCAGCAGGCGCGCCUUGUGACACUCGACACGUGGCGCCUACGCGAUGGAAACGGAAACGUUGACACGGUCAUGGUGCAGGACACUGGCUGCCCGCUCCACAACGCACGCAUAGAGGCGGGCACCAACUGGCCACGGGCCUGCGGGGUGUGGCAGCGUAUGGUCGGUGAGCACGGGUUCAAUCUAUUCUACCGAGGGCCGGGUUGGAGACUAGAUUGCCUGUGCACGGGCGGAAGGUCGAGCUCUUUGGAGCGUUUCUGCCUGGCUGGCAUCGACGCAUGGAUUACGGGCCUGCGCCGGGACCAAGGUAUGGAGCGCGGCAACAUUGGCAUCGUCGAGUGGGAGGAGCCCCGCGCUAACUACAAGAUCAACCCGCUCGCUAACUGGACCUUCGAGGAGGUGCGAAACUACGUGGAAGAGCACGCUGUCCCUUACAACGAGCUGCACGACAAGAACUACCCAUCGAUCGGGUGCGCGCCUUGCACGCGGGCCAUCGAGUCGGGAGAGGACCCUCGCGCAGGACGCUGGUGGUGGGAGUCUGACCCCAACGCCAAGGAAUGCGGGCUGCACCUAGUGGCGCUCGCGGCACGCUUAUGA